AAGAUUUUGUGAUUCAGGCAAAGGCUGACUGUUACUUCACCAAUGGGACAGAGAAGGUACAGUUUGUGGUCAGAUUCAUCUUCAACUUGGAGGAGUAUGUCCAUUUUGACAGCGAUGUGGGGAUGUUUGUGGCCUUGACAGAGCUGGGGGAGCCUGAUGCUGAUCAGUGGAACAAUCGGCCAGAUAUCCUGGAGAGGAGUAGAGCAUCUGUGGAUAUGGUGUGCAGACACAACUACAAGCUGGGGGCUCCCUUCACUGUGGGGAGAAAAGUGCAACCAGAGGUGACAGUUUAUCCAGAAAGGACCCCACUCCUGCAGCAGCCCAAUUUGCUACUCUGCUCAGUGACAGGAUUCUACCCAGGGGAUAUAAAGAUCAGGUGGUUCCGGAAUGAACAGGAGCAGAAAGCUGGGGUCAUAUCCACUGGCCUUAUUAGGAAUGGAGACUGGACCUUUCAGAUUACAGUGAUGCUGGAAAUGAUCCCUAAACUUGGAGAUGUCUACAGCUGCCUUGUUGAGCAUCCCAGCCUGUGGAACCCCAUUUCUGUUGAGUGGAGUGCCCAGUCUGAAUAUUCUUGGAGAAAGAUGCUAAGUGGAGUUGCAGCCUUCCUGAUUGGACUAAUCUUUCUUGUGGUGGGAAUCUUCAUCCACCUCAGGGCUUGGAAAGGAUCUGUGGAGGCUCAGUCUGGUAAUGAGGUCUCAAGAGCUCUUCUCCCACCACAGCCCUACUAAGGUCCUAAUCCAACCUUCUCCCCCGGAGCCUGAAAUAGUGUGGACAGGUUGAACCUUGGGCUAGGUAAAUGACUUUGGAGGAGUUGCUGUUCUGGGAACAACUCUUUUCCGUGAUCCUAGAGUUUUGUGCUCUGAGAUUAUGCAUCUCCCACCUUUUCUCUUCCUACUUGUGUACUUCAAAACUCCCCAUUUCCAAGGACACUGUCCAGAAUUUUUCCUAAGACCUAGUUCUUCUAGCCCCAAGCUGUUUAUGUUACUAUGGCCCAGCCCGAACUCUGUAAGUCAUGAUUCCCAAAUCUUUCUCUUUUCCAAUUGCAGCUUCCACAGUCUUCAGAAGGUAAAUGCUCAGUCACUAUCUCCUUUUCACAUUUUUUUUUUGGUGGUACUGGGGUUUGAAUUCAGUGCCUCUUGCUUGCUAGGUAGGUGCCAUACUGUUUGAGCCAUACC